AUGACAAAGUCGGGGCUUGUAGGCAGCUUUAAAGCCGCUCUGAAAAGGCCCUUCCAGAAUUUGAACACCAUUGACAGGAUUGUACAAGCCCUACGGUUAACGAGUUCGCUGAUGGUCAUCAUACUCGGUUUGGUAUCGACCAUAGGCGCGGUUGCAUACCCUGAUACGCUCUACGCUGCAAAAUUCACGACUGCCCGUGAUCGAAUAGCCAACGGUUUGUUCAAGAUGCUGAGCAGCAACGUUGGGCCUGUGGAUGGGCUGGGUCUGACUUCGUCGGAGGUGGUAAUAUUGACGCAAUACACUUCCUCGCGUGUUCAAGAUGUACCUGCAUAUGUGCUGAGCGGCGUUUAUGGAUUGUGUCGUGUGUCCUCUGUGGUGCCGGAGCAGCCGACGGAUAACUGUACUUGCACGACCCUGGGAGAAGGCUACGUUUUGGACUACAGAGAAUUGCUGCGGGACAUUGGGCUUAAUAUUGUUUUGGAGUAUACAUAUCGGAACCGCGACGGCGCGAUUCGGGACAGCGAUGGAAGGCAUGACGACUCUCCUGGAGUGCGUAGUUCCACAGACGAUAGUACUUAUCGGAUGCCCGACUAUAUUUCGCAUAUGGAGCAUGUCAGCAAAACCAAACGACAGAUGAUCCAGAUGCUGUAUGCAGUCAUGGUCUUGGAGUUUCUGUCUCUAGUAGGCAUGUUUCACUACUAUUCAAUUAAGGGAAAGAUGCUCUCCACAUACAGGGAAAGGGCGAUGGUUCACCUACUUUCCCUAACAAGUUUAGUCAUAUUGAAUUUGUCUUUGGUAGCGGUAAUAAAACUGGUGUUGCUUUUCAAGGCAUUCCAAAACCAGGUUACUAAAGAGCUAAAAGAAUUUGGUUUUGCAUAUGAACUGGGUGGGAAUUGGUUUAUAUGUCUUGGUACACUUGUCGGCUUCUCUUUCGUUUCAUUUUUGGUGUGGACAGGCCUUGAAUGGUGUAUUAUGGACCCGGACAGCGGCGUACAGAAGAUAUCAAAUAUGCAGAUGAGUGUAGCUACAACGGCUGUGCCCGGUGGGUAUGCGCAGAAGGUCAAUAAUACCACUCUGGAUGAUCCGCUGCCACAAACCACUUUACUCCGCGUAGAGGAGCCCACUCCGCCUCCGCAUUCCUCAGUUAAGCAUUUGUCCGUUCCUAUAGCGCCCCCGUCAUAUCCGCCAGGCAUGUCUUCAGCCAGUGACGUUUCGCUAGGAAGUUCGCCUCGGGUGAUGGUCGCGGCGUCAACAUUUAAAUUUUAG